AUGUCAGCACAAGACUACUACGGCGGCACCCGCCAAAACACCCACACCCCAGGAGGCGGCUCCUCCUCCCGCCACCUCUCCGCGGGCCCCCUCAUAGAUAGCGCAGGCUACCGCCCCCGCUCCGCAAACUCAGAACGCCCUCACUCCUCCUUCUCCUCUCUCGGCCUCCCGGGCUCCUCCUCCCACCACCGCUCCCGAUCCUCCGGUCCACCAGGCUACGACGCCCAACUCGGCACAGGCCAAGAAGGCGAACGCGGCCUCGUCUCCACUAUCGGCGGCGGCGCGGCAGGAGGGUACGCAGGAAAGAAGUUCCUCGGCGGGAAACUCGGCGCCGUGGCGGGUGCUCUGGGCGGCGCGGUGGUCGCGAAUAAGCUGGAGCACAGGUUGAGUGCAAGUCAUCACUCCAGCAGCCACAGUCAUGGACACCACAGGCAUCACGGACACCACCACCCGCCGCCUCCUCCGCCCCCGCCUCCCCAUCACUACGGAGGUCAUCACCACCACCACGGCGGACCUCCCCCGCCACCCUACGGAGGCCACCACUACGGUCCGCCGCACCAUGGUCCCCCGCACCACGGCGGAAGCCACCACUCUUCCGGUGGCUUCGGCGGUCUGGUCGGUUCGUUGAUGGGACGUGAGAAGCAUGGACACCACGGCGGGCCUCCUCAUCACGGGGGUGGUCACCACGGUCACCACGGACAUCAUGGCCACCACGGAGGCUGGUAG